AUGGCUCCAGUGACUUCCAGGGUUGAAUAUAGUCCUGAUAAGAGGACUAGAAUUUAUAUGAAGUACAAAAUGGGAAUUUCUCAGCGGCGUAUCGCAUUUGAAGAAAGAGUGUCACCAGGUGAUGAGUCUACAAUUGCUCGUGGUGAUGGCGAAAAGCAGGAGUGGGUUUUAUGCCCAAAAGGACAACGAUUAGAUAUUCAAUAUGUACAGCCAAAAGGUAAGCCCUCACGUCAUUCUCAGAUGUUCUGGGGUGCAAUUUCCUUUUCCUCUCGAUCGUCUUUAUGGCCGCUUCAUGGAGACCCUACAUCUGCUCGCGGAGGUUCGGGUUCUAUAUUUGUUCAAGAUAACGCACCUACACAUAAAGCUCGAAUUGUUCAGAAUUGGCUGCGUGAAUGGGCCGAACAGAAUGGGGUUACUUUAGUGGAUUUGCCUCCUUAUUCACCUGAUCUUAAUCCAAUUGAGAACAUAUGGAAACUGCUUAAGGAAGAAAUCUGUAAAAGAUUUCCGGAACUAUCACUAUUACCUCAGAAUAAUCAGUCAUUAAAUAAGUUAUGCGAAGCAGCUGUGGAAGUCUGGGAGGAUUUCCAUCAGGACCUCAUAAAUAAGCUAGUCUUAUCAAUGCCCCGAAGACUUCAAGCUGUAGUAGAUGCAAACGGCUGGUACACAAAAUAUUAA